AUGACCUGCAGCAAUGUCACCGCACCCCUGGAGGUCCUCGCUAUGGACUAUACGGUGCUAGAAAAGUCUUGUGGGGGUUACGAAAAUGUCCUUGUCCUUACAGACAUGUUCACCAGGUUCACCGUUGCCGUCCCCACCAGAAACCAAACUGCUGAGACGACAGCAAAUGCUUUGCUGAAACAUUGGUUUACCUAUUACGGGUGCCCGGCCCGGUUGCACUCCGAUCAGGGGAGGAGCUUCGAGGCUAGUGUGAUAAAAGAGCUGUGCAGGGCCUACGGGAUUGCCAAGAGUCGCACCAGCCCUUACCAUCCGCAGGGGAACGCGCAGUGUGAGAGGUUUAAUAGGACCAUGCACGACAUGCUCAGGACACUGCCACCAGAGAAGAAACGGGAUUGGAAAACAUACUUGCCAGAGUUGGUUAUGGCUUAUAACUCUCGUGAGCACUCCUCCACGGGUUAUGCGCCCUUCUACCUCCUGUUCGGGAGGGAUGCCAGAAUGCCCUUGGACCUCCUGGGAGGGAAAGACAUGAGGGAACCAGAGGCGGACAAUCUGGACGACUGGGUCCGGGACCACCAUGAGAGGCUUAGGACCGCGGUGGAGGUAGCAAGCUCGGCUACUCAGGAGGCCUCUAGGAGGAGGAAGAGGAUCUACGACCGGAAGUCCCGCGGCGCCCUGCUUCAGUCGGGUGAUCGGGUGCUGUUGCGCAACCACAAGCCCAGAGGCAGGAAUAAGAUCCAGGACAAGUGGGAACCCAACCCUUAUUUGGUGGUGAAACAAAACCACCCCGACAUUCCUGUGUUCACGGUCAAGCCAGAGAAGGGUGGCUCGACGAGGGUCGUGCAUAGGGAUCAGCUCAAAUUGUGCACCUUUCAAGCGCCGACAUGGCAGCCGAAGCAGGCCAACAGGCUGCCAGCCGAAGUGGAGUCCGAUACCGACUUCAUGGAGGGGGUUUGUGCUCUACCACUCCCAUGUGAGUCGGACCCGAGCGCUCUCGUUGCCCCAGGGGCGGACGAGAUCGGCGACUAUGUCGCCCAGGGGUUAGAGCCGGAUUUAGCGGGGGAGGUACAACCAGUUAUGGCCCUAAGUGAGCCAGAGGACAGCGAUGGGGCCUCAGAGGCGAGUGAUGAGGUGCACGAGGGGCGAGGGGAGGUUUUGCAGUCUGAACGCCCUUUGAGGCGAACCCGAGGGGUACGUCCUGCGAGGGAUGAACCGCUUGAGUCGUCGCUGGUGUGGCAGGGUUUAGCUGGGGGGAAAUUCUGCAGAGCAGAGGAAAAUACUGUUCUCUGUGAAAUGCUGGGAAGUCCAGAGGUUCCUCUUUUGACUAAGAAAGGGGAUAUUACUAUUGGAGGAGCUUUUUCUAUCCAUAGCCAAAUCUCAAAGCCUUCGUUCUCCCUGACUCAUACUCCAGAAACUCUCACAUGCUCCAGGAUAAAUUUGAGAGAAUUUCGUUUUGCCCAAACAAUGAUUUUUGCAGUAGAAGAGAUCAACAAUAGCAGCACUUUACUGCCUAAUAUUUCAGUUGGUUAUAAGAUAUUUGACAGCUGUGGUUCAACACUGCCUUCAACACGUGCAGUGAUGGGUUUACUAAAUGGACAGGAAAGGACAGCAGAGAAAACCUGCAGCAGUCAUUCAUCUGUUCAUGUCAUCAUUGGAGCUUCUGAGUCUUCCUCAACCAUUGUGAUGCUACAAAUUUGUGGGACCUUCCAAAUACCAGUAAUCAGCCAUUUUGCCACAUGUGCUUGUCUGAGUAACAGAAAGGAUUACCCUUCAUUCUUCAGAACCAUCCCCAGUGAUUACUAUCAGAGCAGGGCCCUGGCAAAACUGGUAAAAUAUUUUGGAUGGACAUGGGUUGGGGCAGUCAGAAGUGACAAUGAUUAUGGCAACAAUGGGAUGGCAACUUUUAUCACAGCAGCAAGUCAGGAAGGGGUUUGUGUUGAAUAUUCAGAGGCCAUUUCAAGGACUGACUCUAGUGAGGAGGUUGCAAGGGUGAUUGAAGUGAUUCGUAGUGGCAGUGCAAGAGUUUUGAUUGCCUUUCUUGCCCAGGGUGAGAUGGACAUUUUGCUGGAGGAAGCUCUGAAGCAGAACUUGACUGGGUUGCAGUGGGUGGGCAGUGAAUCGUGGAUAACAGCAAGUCAUUUGACUACUAAGAGGUACUCUGGCAUACUGACAGGGUCUCUGGGCUUCACUAUCAAAAAGGCAAAGAUUGCAGGCCUGCGAGAAUUUCUUUUACAGGUUAACCCAAGUCAGGAUCCUCAGAAUAGUGUGCUAAGAGAGUUCUGGGAAACGGUUUUUGGCUGCAGUUUUCAAUCCAGGCUGCCUGGUCAGAUUCAGUGCUCUGGCUCUGAGAAGUUAGAGGACAUAAACAAUCCUUUUACGGAUGUAUCACAACUAAGGAUAUCUAACAAUGUGUACAAGGCUGUGUAUGCCAUAGCUCAUGCUAUGCAUAACUUGUUAAAUUGUGGUCAAAGUGCUAAAGCCAUGAAUCAGUCAUGUAUAUGGAAGGAUCAUUUAGAGCCAAAAAAGAUUGUGAAACACCUCCAAGAUGUCAAUUUCACUCUUCAGUCGGGAGAAAGAGUAUAUUUUGAUGAAAAUGGAGACCCUUCAGCAAUGUAUGAACUUGUGAACUGGCAGAGAAACCAAGCAGGAGAUAUAAUUUUUGUGGCUGUAGGGAGCUAUGAUGCUUCACUACCAAAUGAAAGUCAGCUUGCCGUGAAUGAAAUCAAUAUAACAUGGGUUUCUGAAUCCCGAAUGCCAUUGUCUGUCUGCAGUGAGAGCUGUCCGCCAGGUUUCCGCCAGGCUGCAAUUAAAGGCAAACCCAUCUGCUGUUUUUCCUGUAUUGCCUGUGCUGCUGGAGAGAUUAGCAACUCAAACAAUUCUGCAGUGUGUUUACUAUGUCCGCUGGAGUGCUGGUCGGAUGAAGAUCGCAGCCACUGUGUUCCAAAGGUGAUUGAGUUCCUGUCUUUUGGAGAAACUAUGGGGGGCCUACUCGCCGCUUUCUCAUUGUUUGGAGCAAGUUUAACAUUGGCAGUGUCAUGUGUUUUCUUUCGGUUUCGUCACACACCUCUUGUCAAAGCCAGUAAUUCUGAACUGAGCUUCCUCCUGCUCUUCUCCUUAACUCUGUGUUUCUUGUGUUCUCUGACCUUCAUUGGCCAGCCUACUGAGUGGUCAUGCAUGCUACGCCACACAGCUUUUGGCGCAAGCUUUGCCUUGUGUAUGUCAUGCAUUUUGGCUAAAACUAUAACAGUGGUGAUUGCCUUUAAGGCUACAAGGCCAGCAAAAACAGUUCCUCAGUGUUCUGCUGCACUUCAGAGAACAAGUGUGCUCAGCUUUACUUUACUCCAGCUGCUGAUUUGUGUGCUGUGGUUAAUUUUUGCUCCACCAUUCCCCUACAAAAACACAGUCCAUGCCACUGAAAAGAUUAUACUAGAGUGUAAUUUAGGUUCACCUUUAGGAUUCUGGGCUGUUUUAGGAUAUAUAGGACUUCUCAGUUUGCUAUGCUUUAUCCUUGCUUUUCUGUCUCGAAAGCUGCCUGAUAAUUUUAAUGAGGCCAAAUUCAUCACCUUCAGUAUGUUGAUAUUCUGUGCAGUCUGGGUCACUUUUAUCCCAGCAUAUGUCAGUUCUCCUGGUAAAUUUACUGUAGCUGUAGAGAUAUUUGCUAUUCUGGCCUCAAGCUUUGGGUUAUUUUUCAGUAUAUUUGCUCCAAAAUGUUAUAUUUUAUUAGUGAAACCCGAAAGAAAUACAAAAAGACAUAUGAUGGGGAGAAACCAUUAA